AUGGCUGCGAAUCACCCUAUUCAUAUUCAUCCGGCAAGACCGCUCUAUCGCUUUACCGCGACUGCACUCGGCGCUAGCAUGUGGUUCUUUUUGAUGUACCGAGCGAAGAAGGAUGGCCCUGCGUUGUUGGGCUGGAAGCAUCCAUGGGACCACUGA